ACCUCCUAGGUAUGCUACUGUACGUGAUAUAGCCUCUAUUAUAUGCCAAAUGCCUACUGGAGCCAACUGGCCUGUUUUCUUCGUCCGGGAUCCUGUCAAGUUCCCCUCGGUAAACCGCAGCCACAAAAAGCAUCCGCAGUCAAAUAGUCCCGAUGGAAACAUGGACUUCCACAACCCCGAAAGCGUCCAUGCUCUAGCUCACCUCUUUGGGUCUCGUGGCAUCCCGGCCUCAGUCCGCCGCAUCACAGGCUUUGGUGUGCAUACAUCCAAGCUAGUUGCUCCCGACGGAUCCUUCAAGUGCUGCAAGUUCCACCUCCGUCCGCUGCAAGAAAUAGGCAAUGCGUCCUUCAACGAGGCCACGCGCCUUGUCGGUGUAAAUCCGGAUUUCCAUACAUAG